AUGGAUGAAUCCGCAAGCAAAGAUGUCAUCGUGAGCAAAUAUGAGAAGCUGGGUCAGUUCCUAGGCUCCGAUGUCGCCUUGACAAUGGUGGAGAAAGACCCUAUCCUGCUGCUCGGAGAUACGAACAUGCAGCAGCGCUCCUUCCAGUAUUUGACCAGCCUGGAAGACGAAGCAAAGAAAGGCUUGGCUUUGCAGGCAGUGCAGAACAACCCUCGCUUGCUGACCGUUCCCGAUUAUGAGUACCAACGCACAAAGCCUUCAUUGGAGGGCCUGGCCACUGCAGCCUCCGCCAUUGAUUUUCUACGACCGCUGGGCGAAGUGGGCCUGGCUGUGGCCAUUUUCUCCUCCUUCAUUGUACUUCUGCUAAUUUUGAGGCCCCUGAUCUACGGAGUCGGUGGUGGCCAGUCUCUCCUUGGCUUCCUCACCAGCGGAUUGCCCCAGAUCCCUCGCCCCUGGGAAAUUGCGGAGAGCUAUGGCAUCAACCUGGCAAGUGACGCAUGCUUUGGGUCGAUGGGGAGCUUCUUCUCUUUCAACCCGCGUCGUGGAUCCUUUGAAGCAAACCCACCGUUUGCACCAGUGAUUCUGGCCAAAAUGCGCCAGCACAUGCACAAACUCCUGGCAGCUGCCACAGAGCCACUGAGUUUUGUCAUUGCCAUUGCAAACUGGGAUAAUCCGGAGGUCACGGCGUUGACCGAGUCUCCCUAUGCAAGGGGCUACAUCCUGGUGCCCAAGGAUGAGCAGGUGUGGCGUGACGGCUUGCUGAGCCGCCGGGUGCCUUUGCUAAGUGGGCUUGUGACCAUUCGCUGCGAGGCGGCUCAGUUUCUUCUCGUCCUCGGCCACCUCGUCCAGGCCUUGUCCAGUGCACGAAGCACGAGUCAGAUGAAGGCGGAGUACUUUGGCGGGUUUCAGCGCAUGGCGCCGCCUAAAAUCAGCCGCAAAGUCUUUCGGUUGGACAGCGAAAGUAAUGGAUGGCUGGCAUGCACGAAACAUGCGGUUUUGGCUGAAGGCCUGGAGUCUGUUCUACACACUUUGAAUACAGAGGGUGGUGUUUCGGACAAAGAUCUUGCCUUCAACCAGCGAUUCAUGCGGAAGCUGGCACGUGCCCGUGGCAGCUCCAAGGGUCGCUUUCAGCGUGCGUUGGACGUCGGAGCCGGCAUUGGCAGGCUCGCCAAGCACGUUUUCCGACAGCAUUGCGACUACAUUGACCUGCUAGAGCCCAUCGAUAAGCACUUGCAAGUUGCAAGACGCGAGCUGCACGAGCCAUCAUGGCCGGGUACCUUCAUUUGUGCCACGUUGCAAGAUUUUCAGCCGGCCACAGGGGCGCUGUACGAUUUGGUGUGGUGCCAGUGGAUCUUCAUGUACAUCACCGACGAAGAUGUGGUGAAGUUCCUCCGGCGUCUCUCCUCCAACUUCCUUGCGCCAGCUGGGACCGUUGUGGUAAAGGAGAACGUUGCCCAGACCCGUGUGGGCUCUUACUUUGAUGACGAGACGGGAGAGCUCUGGCGCGGCGCAGCAGGUGCUGCUGGCUCCCAACUUUCUGAGCCUAUGUCGGUCCUGAGAACUCCGAAGCACUACCUAAAGCUCUUCAAGGAUAGUGGGUUCGAAGUCCUCCUACGCCGGCGGCAGCUCUUUUCUCAAGACGAGAUGCCAAUGAUGCUCUUCACGCUUGCUGUGCCAUCCCGGGCUGAGACG